GGGAUCUCAGUUUUGACUUGAAUGUAGUUUUGCAGCUAAAACAACUUAUGGACCAACUUCCUUCCAACUCCCACCUCAGGUCAUCCUGUGUGAAACUUUAUCUGUGCUCUAACCCUGCAGUGUGGUGGAGCGCAGAGCUCUGAGACAGGUUGUGUUCCCAAAACUUGGACAGCACUGCAGACACACACUGGGAGUGGACGUUAGAGUGAUCGACCCAUACGAGUCCAGUCAUCCCAGCCAGUGGCCAGAUGAAAACACCAGAAAAGCCCUGAUAAAAGAAUGCAGAGAAAGCUCCACUGGGCCGUUUUUACUGGCUCUGAUAGGACAUGACUACGGGAGGCCCAGUCUUCCUGCCUUGGUGGAGGUAUCACACUUCCACAUGUUACUGCAGCAGAUGCAGCAAGCGGGCCUCAGCACCAGAGAACUGGAGAGAGUUUACCACAGAGAUGAGAACACCAGUCCACCAUCCUACUGCUUGAGGACCGCCUGUGGGCCUCAGGAGGACAAUCAAAUUGAUGAUUUGAUGAAGGUUUUUGAGACUGCUGUGAGUCUGUGUGUGCACAAGCAGCAUCUGACUGAAGAAGAAGCCCUCGCUUUCAACAGAUCAGUCGUUGAUGGAGAUCUUCGUUUUGCCCUGGACAACUGCUCUCAUAACGACGUCAUCAGACGCUGCCUUGUUUACGUUCACAAGGUUGUCAAUCCAAAGGUCGGACAAGAGACAAGACGGAGUGGUUCCAAACUACAUAAGGUAGAGGCUUCUUAUCCUCCACCCACCACAGCAAGAUCUUCAUCCGGUGAGAGGGAUUUACUCUCAGAUCUGAUUGACAACUUCCUGAGGAGCCUUGUUGACUCCUGCCAGCUUGUGGCCUUCACAACCACCACAGAGUGUGACCCUCGCUAUGGUUACACUCCUGCCAGGAGGCGGGGCUAUGCAGAGGUACUCUGCCUUCAGGUGCAUUCUGACCUGAUGGGAUUGAUUGACAGUUUUGUCACAAAUUCUGUGAAAAUGGGAAGCUGUUAUCUCAGUGAUGCUUUGGCCAGAGAGGGAGUGGAGCAGAUGGAACAGUGCGCCAAUCUGUCGAGAUUUUAUGAUGUCGUACGGCCAGAGGCGGAAGAGAUUCGAGCCUACGUGCAGCAGAGUGACAGCCAGUGUCCGCUAGUGCUUACAGGAGGACCUUGUGCAGGGAAAACUGUACUGCUCGCUCAUUGUGCACAGCAGAUGAAAGCCUGGCUGCCUGACGCUGAUCCUGCUGUGAUAACCUUUUUUACCCACUUGCCACACCCGUCUUCCGUGGUGCGCCUGCUGUCCAGCUUGUGUUAUCAAAUCAUCAGGAUUUAUGACCACUCUCCAUCUGCAGAAGACUUUUUCCUUGAUGCGGGCCAUCAUCAAGGUGCCACGGAGCUCAGAGACAAUGAGUCUAGCUUGACUCCAACACGUAACUCUGCCCUAAACCUGAAGACUGUGCUUAGGUCCAUCAAAAAACCUGACAUCAGUCUACAUGAAGUGACACAGUGUCUGUGCUUCCUCCUUUCCCUCCUGCCAUCUUCCAAACAGCCUUUAGUUCUAAUCUUGGAUGGAGUGGAUCAGAUGGGGCAUAACUUUGCUGUUGAACUCAUAGAAAGCCUGCCCUCUCCUCUUCUUCCCAGAGUCAAAGUUGUCCUCAGUAUCUCCUCAAACCACACUCGAAUCAUGCAAGUCAUCAAGCUACAUUACCCAGAGUGCAGUGCACAUGGCCGUGUGUCAGAGGGUGCUAAGUGUGUACUGUUGGGGUCUGCAGACAGGAAGCAGUGUGUUAAGAUGCUGAUGUCACAGCUGAGCAGCUCAGGGAGGAGAAUGACCUCAGGACAACUGGCGCUGGUGAGCAAGGCACUGACUUCUUGUUGUCUCCCCCUCUACGUCCGCCUGCUACACGCACACACAUCACUCUGGUGCUCAGAUUCUGAUGUGUCGGCGUCUUGUCUCCCAGACAGCAUCCAUUCAUCCAUUGCUGCCCUGCUUAAUCAGCUGGAACACAAACAUACUUCUUGUUUGGUGGCUCGUGCUGUCUCUUACCUCACCCUCUGCAGCGUAGGCCUCACAGAGGCAGAACUUGCGGAUCUCUUGUCCAGAGUUGAAUCAUGUCAUGUCACACAAGUGGAUGUGGAGAAACUGCUUCUAGACUUGAAUGGCUUUCUCAUCAGGAGGACAGCUAUGGGGUGUCAGGUGUUGUUCUGGGUUAGCAGACAUUUUGGAUUGGUUGUGGCGAAGACAUAUUUAUGCACAGGAGAGGCCAGGGGAGAAAUUCAUUCAGAGAUGGCUGACUAUUUCAGUAGAGGAUGGAAUUUUGCAAGCACCACCGCAUUAUCAAACACAGAAAGAGAAGACAGAAAUACAGAAGAUCAACCCUCACUCAGAGACCUUGCAAAUGCAAGAAGGGCUUUAGAACUGAUGCAUCACUUGCGACAAAGCAACAGGCUGGAGAUAAGAACUAAGGUGUUGAUCUCAUGGAGGUUCCACCUUGUUUUGGUGCAGGCUGGACACCUGAAAGAUCUAGUGGCCAUGUUGAGACAGGAUGAGGAGGAGGAAUCAAGGAACUUUCUCAGGGAACGCAGACUCCUGGCGAGCAUUCUGAUGUCUUCAUGGUGCCUCCUGCAAAGAGCUCCCCUGGAGCUAUCUACACUGAUGGAAGCAAGCCUCCUCCCAUAUCUGGAGCUCUUCCCUGUGCUCAGAGCUUAUGUUGGGGAGAUCAGGACGAGAGGUUGCGGAUUGGCGGUGGCGCUUUCUCCUGCUCCUGACACUGUUGUCUGUCUUUGGCGUCUUGAGCACGAUAGCGUACUGAAGCCUCUGUCUGUGACUGCGGCAGCAGGGACGCAGUGUGGGACGAUUGCAGAGGUUAUGAGUGAUGGCUCAGCAUGGAUAUGGAGAGACUUGGGCUGUGGUAUUGUGCGGCUAUCGCUCUGCCAAGAGAAGAGCGAAAUCAAGUUUGCAGGGGUGAAAAGCAGCCAUCAAUUCAUGCUAUUUUCCACCCAAUGCAACAAGCUCUUCUUGUGGGAUGUGACAGCCCCUGACAUGCUUGUAGAGGUUAAAAGCCCACACACAUUAAACUUAGUAGAAGGGUUUGUGGCUUGUGAGAAACGGUUAUGUGUGUGGUGGGAAAGAGAAAGUGUUCUGGACCUGUUUGAUGCCUCCAAUGCAACUUUGUCUAACUUGCACUGUCAGAGCUGUGUAACCUGUGUGGUUUUCUCCUCAGGCGGCUCUCACAUUUACUGUGGUCAAGAGGAAGGCACUGUCUCUAUUUUUGACAUACAUUGCCACAGCGUCCUUUUCUCUUGUUCACACUCAAACCACAGUGCCGUUGUGUCAAUCAUCCUUAGUGAAAAUAAUCAGGAAAUGGCUUGCAUUGGAAAGACGGGUGGUGUGACAUUAUGGGACAUUACUGCUGAAAAACAAUCACCAAGACUUGUUAAAGAAAAUUCUGCUGGGAUUGAAUGUAUCGACAUCCUCAAUACUGAUUACUCGAAUGCAUGUAGCAGCUUAUUGCUGUGUCAUAGUAAGCAUAUUACAGUGUGGGAUACAUGUGAGUGGGAGAUGUGUGACCAGUUCUUGGCUCCACAGGAUGGAGCCUUCAUCCAAGCUGUGUUCUCCCAAGAUGGGCACCUUCUCCUGGCUUUACUAGAUGCCUGUCCCCGAGUGUUAGUGUGGAGGGUCAGCACAGGACUGUGUGUUCUCUCCUUAGACGCUAACGAGCCGCCUCAUAUACUCCUCAAAACCACCUCAGAAAUUGUAUGUGUCGCUGAGGACGGCCGCCUUAUUGCGUGGGACACUGAGAUGAUUUAUAUUGCAGGUGCAGCUCCAAAAAUGGUAUGUGGCGUGGAAGAAGUGGUGGUGGAGCAAACGGGGUGUUGGUUCUACACAGCAGAUGGGUCAGAGAUGGUGUGGAGAUGGAGCUUCGAGACAGGUCUUCCACAUUCUAGCUUCCUCCACGAUAGUUCUGUGAAAAAGGUGCGUCUCAGUCGGGAUGACGUUACCCUUGUGACGCUGUCAGGGGAGGAAAUUUACGUUUGGCAGACAGGAACGGGGCAGAAUAUCUUCCGUAUCUGUGGCAGCGGAGCUACAGAUAUUCUCAUCACACCUAAUUCUAAUUUUGGUGUGAGCAUCUCUGAGCAUGGGCUCUCUCGGGUUUGGAAACUGGCACAUGGAAGUGUUGUUUGCACUGUCCACUUGUACCUUUGUGAUGCACAGGUGUCACCCGAGAGCACCUUUCUCAUUGGCCGCCAUGGUGGAGACCUGCUGGCUGCCAGCUUGUGGUCUGGCAUGAUCAGUAAGUGCUUCUCCAGAGUGGAAAGCUCAGAAGACGUCAUCACUUUCCACACACUUUCACAGCACCCUGAUUUUGUGGUCGUGAUGGUCGCUUCAGGAGUUAUAUACACCUGGAAGAUGUCCGAUGAGACCGUAUGCAGGCACUUUCAGCUGCCGGAGACAUUUUACUGUCAGCCGCAACACUUUCAGAUGACAUCUGAUGGGAGCUUUGCAUUGCUGUCUACUGAUAAUGCAGCCAUCACCCUCCUGGAUGUGGCUCAGGUCAGACUGUGCUCUUUUAAGGCUGAAGGUUCUGUAAUGAAAGCCUGCUUGGAUGAGACUGGGUGCUACAUUGCCUACAUAUCACAUCCCAUAAGCCAGGAGAAGAGAUGUGUCUGCACCCAUCAUACACAACCCAUUCUCACGAUUGCACAACUCUCUGAUGGUAAAAAAGUAGGCCGGGUGUUUCUGUGUAAGGAUCCAUUGACACUGCUUAUACAUGGCCAGCAGUAUGUCUUUGUGGGUUUUCGGGAUGGCUCUGUAGGUGUUUAUUCCAUUUCAGGACACAUGGUAAGGGGUGUGGAUGGAAUCGGAUACAGUGAAAAUUUGAGCCGUCAGCUGAAAGGAUGCUUUUUUGACACAGUACCAAUGACGUGGUUUCCACUAGCAACACCCAAUAUGACAUGGCCUUAGCUUCAA